UGAACCAAUCAAACUCCUAUGCUAUAAGCCUCCUCCACUGGAGAUUCAUGAUUUUGGCUCCAAAAUAUUGAAAAGAAACAUCCACAAUGUUUGCCAGGGAAACAUCCAUUAUACCACCAAACUUCUAGUCGUUAGAGCAUUGAGCUCUGUAUUCUGUCAACGAUAUUAAGAGGAAAGGUUGCUGCGCUCCCAGCAAGUCCACAGAUGAGAGACAUAAAUAGAGCCUGGACACUUAUGGAAGGUGAGUCAGAAAUGAUUGUGAUAGAGAUGGGCUCCCCACAGCCCUAAACGACACGUCGUGGAAUGUGCAAACAGGGGGGGGUGGUGUCACAGUCAACCAAGUUGAGUUGGUGGUGUUUAUCUAUUGUGGAUUAAAUGCCACGUCCUUUUACCCGCCUAAGCGAACACAGCACGUCGCAAUCGAUUCUGUAACGACCAGGUCAGGCCAGAACAGAGCCAACAGCGGCUUCAAAACAAGCAGCUCACGAUAUAACAAGUCAUGUAUAGCAGCAGGAGAGGACGAGGCAAGAUUCUAAGUAAAUCAAGGAAACAUCCUUAGAUCUCGACAAAUCAUAACAAACCCGAAGAUGAUGGAGAAGAACUUCAAUCUCCUCCACAUUAUCCAACACAGAAGGGACGGCUAUGGAUUUGCUUUAAGACCUCAACACAUACAAAGAUAUCGAGAGUACGCAAAUAUCUAUAAGGAGGAGGAAGAGGAAAGGUCAUAUAAAUGGAACAACUUCAUUGAACAGCAAGCAAAAUCUAAUCAUUCUAGCUCUGCCGAGGAGGACUGUAGAGAGAACUUGCAGGCUGAGGCUGAUGAAUUGAGAGAAGAGACUGUUUUCAAAAGGGGCCGGGAGGAGGAUGAUUCAAGUGACAAGAAUUCAGAUUCUGAUGGUUCAACCAAAAGUUAUCCUGGGAAAGAGGUCAAACUUUCAGGGCAACCUGAGAAGGAGGUGCAACUUUCAGAGGAACCAGAGAAGGAGGUGCAACGAUCAGAGCAACCUGAGAAGGAGGUGAAACAUUCAGAGCAACCUGAGAAGGAGGUACAACUUUCAGAGGAACCUAAGAAGGAGGUGCAAGCUUCACAAAUACAAGAAAGGGAGACACUGCUUUCAAAAGAAUCUGACAAGGAGGGGCAGCUUUUAAAAGAAACAAAGGCCAACAAGGUUCAAUCGUGGUCUUGGACGAGACCAUCUCUUCAUGUUAUUGAGAAUAUGAUGAGUUCACGUGUUAAGAACAUAAAGGAUAUGAAAUACAGGCAUAAUACAAUAAACGGAGACCAUCUUCCAUCUAUAAAAAAGACAGGAUCUUCAGGAGGAUCCACUGUGGCGGAAAUUGACAAGGAAUUAUGCAUUAAAGAGACUUCUGAUGAUAAUGUUGACAAAUCCACAGGAGAAACCAACGUGGAUAGUAAGGAGUCCCCAGAAUCAUUCUUUCCUUGGAAAGAGCUCGAGUUCCUCGUCCGUGGGGGAGUUCCAAAGGACCUCAGGGGAGAGGUGUGGCAAGCCUUUGUCGGUGUGAAGACACGUCGAGUGGAGAGAUAUUAUGAGGGGCUGCUUGCCGAAGAAAGUAAUACAGAUGAAAGCAAGGAACACAAUAACUCAAAUGCUGCACCCAGAAAAUGGAAAAAGCAGAUUGAGAAGGACCUACCACGAACUUUCCCAGGUCAUCCUGCCUUGGAUGAGCGUGGUAGGGAUUCCUUGAGGCGUGUACUUGUUGCAUAUGCUCGACAUAACCCUUCAGUGGGGUAUUGUCAGGCAAUGAAUUUCUUUGCUGGCUUAUUGCUCCUUCUGAUGCCUGAAGAAAAUGCCUUUUGGACUUUGGUGGGCAUUCUUGAUGACUAUUUUGAUGGCUACUAUACGGAAGAAAUGAUAGAAUCUCAGGUGGACCAACUUGUUUUUGAGGAGUUGAUACGUGAAAAAUUUCCUAAAUUGGUUAAUCAUCUGGAUUACUUGGGAGUGCAGGUGGCAUGGAUCUCUGGACCCUGGUUCCUCUCCAUUUUCAUCAAUAUGCUUCCCUGGGAAAGUGUUCUCCGAGUUUGGGAUGUUCUUCUUUUUGAAGGAAAUCGUGUAAUGCUGUUUCAAACAGCUCUUGCUUUAAUGGAGUUGUAUGGUCCAGCAUUAGUUACAACUAAAGAUGCUGGGGACGCGAUCACUUUAUUGCAAUCACUUGCAGGGUCAACAUUUGAUAGCAGCCAGCUUGUUUUGACUGCUUGCAUAGGUUAUUUGGCUGUAACCGAAGCUAGAUUACUACAGUUGAGAGAAAAGCAUAGACCAGCUGUGCUUGUAGUAGUUGAGGAAAGAUCAAAAGGGGGAAGAGUUUGGAAGGGUUCAAAAGGGCUUGCAUCUAAGUUGUACAGUUUUAAGCAUGAUCCUGGAUCACUAGUAGAAGAAAAAAAAGUAAGCGAGGGAGACAAGUCCUUACUGGAGUCUCACUCCUCUAAUCUGGAUGAUUUGCUCAGUGGCUUAAGUGUUGACCAAGAAGUAGAUUCUUUAUCAGAUCUUCAAGAACAGGUGGUUUGGCUAAAGGUUGAGUUGUGCAGAUUGAUGGAGGAGAAAAGAUCUGCCAUACUCAGAGCCGAGGAGCUUGAGACAGCACUAAUGGAGAUGGUCCAACAAGAUAAUCGACGACAAUUGAGUGCAAAGGUUGAGCAGUUGGAGCAAGAGGUAGCUGAUCUAAGGCAAGCCCUUGCCAAUAAGAAAGAACAAGAAGCCGCAAUGCUUAAGGUCCUGAUGCGGGUAGAGCAAGAACAGAAGAUAACUGAAGAAGCUCGAAUAGGGGCUGAGCAAGAUGCAGCUGCACAAAGAUAUGCAGUAAAUGUGCUUCAGGAAAAAUAUGAGAAGGCUAUGGCUUCACUUGCUCAGAUGGAACAGAGAGUGGUCAUGGCUGAAUCAAUGUUAGAGGCUACCGUACAGUACCAGUCUGGCAAAGCUAAGGCACUAUCUUCACCAAGGUCAGUGAGCUCCUCUGUGGAAAGUCCCAGAAGAAGGAUAGGCCUAUUUGGCCUUGGCUGGCGUGACCGGAACAAGGACAAAGACAAACCGACAAAUGAUGAUUCUGGCACCAGUUAAUCUAGCAAUGAGGGGAAAAACUCGAGCACUUUGUAGAAAGGUAGAAACAACCAAGAAGAGGGGUAGGAGGGAAUUAGGGGACGACUUUUACACCAUUCAUUCUCAGCAACAUGGCACCUGUUGCUCAAGAACUCACUGAUUUGUUGCUGUAAUUAUGCACGGACAGAUGGGUCGGGGUAAAGGAGCCUUGUAUCUGCAUCGAUGCCAAAUCAAAAUAAUUAGACAAUUCUUUGCCCUUACAUGAUGAAUUUAUAUGUGCAAGAGUUGGCUGGUCCUGGUAGAUCCGUUUUGCUCUCUGACAUGUUUUUAAACCUUCAUGAGACAAAAGAUCCACUGUCGCGACAGAUGCCGCAUAUGAUGGUCGGUCUUGGGGCUGGAAAAAAAAUGUUGAGAUUUUGGCGCAAGGAUGCUGUACGGAUGCAUUAAGAUCAUUAACAUGUUUAUUGUUUGUGAUGCUACCUGCCACCACUUUUCAUGUGAAACAAAUGCUAAUAGUUGCUGAGUUACAUGUUGCCCUUGGCCAUCUCA